AUGCCUAGCGAUCCCUCUAAAAAAACUGAAGUCGCAGCGAUUUGGACAGAUCAGAUGGCUGCAUUAGAUGAGGUUGAAGGAUGUAAGCAAGUCUCCUCCCCCUAUUGUCUGAUUUCUGGGCCCUUAAAUAAUGACGAGCUGUGGAGUCCUGAAAAUUUUAUGCUUUAAAA